UUACAGGCCAAAAUUCGCAAAAAUGCGAUAGGACAUUAAGUAAUGCACCACAAAACCAAGUUUUCAUAUCUUCUGUCGCACCUCCUAGAUCUCUUCAACACAGCGUCACAAUCGUUCAUUCUCCUUUUCGGCGAGGACCAUUCUGGGCGUGUACGGCGAGCCUUUCGAAAUCGGCAUCUGGUGGAGCUUCUGACCGUUUUGACGAGACGGCGACAGAAGCUGGCAGAAAACUCCGGUUCCGUCCUUCUGCAAUUCCAUGUCCGCCGUGUAGUCUGAGAAUAUGUCCGGCUCCUCCUCCUCUGUUGAAA